CUCAACAGCCGCCUCCAGCAGCUAGAACAAACCGUCGCCGCCCCCGUUGCCAGUUCCUCCAACACCUCCAAGUCCGAUCGCCUUGAAGCAUUGGAGAUGGACGUCGGAUCCCUCAAGGACGGCGUGCAGCUACAGCAAACUGCAACACAACAGUUGGAGCAGCAGAUCUGUACUGCCGCCACCCACUCGAGGUCGGAACCGCGCGAGACAACUCCAAAGUUCGAUGGGCAGGAGAUCUUCUGCGACUCGACGAAGACGGACCCGAUUCCAUGGUUCCGCAAGUUCGAGCUCACGUUGCAGCUCCACCACGUCCGAGAAUACAAGCAUCACGCGUACUUAUACUCCCGGUCGGGAGGCGCGUGCCAAGCAUGGUUGGACAAUCUAUUGUCCAAGUACAGAGUGGUAGCUGCCGACUUGCACACCAAGAUCAAUUGGGAUGAUCUAAAGGCGGUGUGGCAUAAGCGGUUCCAAGUAGAGCCACCGGAUAUCAAGGCAAUGAACAAGCUGAUGGCCUUCGAACAAGGCACGCCGCCGAGCGUUGACUGGAUUGCCGAGUACCAACACUUGACAUCCGUCCCAGAGCUUCCAUUGGGCUUCAAGGCCGUCAAACACUACUUCAUCUCGAGGUCGUGUCCGGCGUUGGGCAAUGCCUUGACUCACGUCAAGGACACCCUGACGACAACGACGGAGCUCUUUGACAAGGUCGUGCAAAUCAUUGUCACGAACAAGGAGGCUAAGAACCGGCGUUCGUCUGCGGUAGGCCUGAGCGGAGACCAACAUCGGUCGAAAGUGGUCGUGGUCGCGGCGGCAUCGUCGACCGACCAAUCUAGCGAGGUCGUGUCUGGCACUGUCUGCCAAUGAAGGGGACAGACUCGCAGCCGCCCGGUGUGAGGAAACCCGGGGAGGGGCUACCUACCGUUCGCUGAAGCCAUGGGCUACGGCGCCUGUCACUUCGCCGCGCCCGCUCCGAGGUCCUCGGCGACUAGUAGGGCGAAAGGGGGCCAAUCAAGAUCAAGAUCCGUC